CCGCCGCCAUUUUCCAUGUUAUUCUUUCCUGCCUUACAGUAUUUUAUGAUUUUUAAUGCAACAGUUUGAUUGUUAAGUUUGGAUUAUUAUAGUUGUGGUUUCUCCAGCUUGGCGCAGGGAGUGUUUUAUCUCCAAAUUUGCAGAGGGGACGCCCUGGAUAAGCAGCCAUGUAUAUUAAACAGGUGAUCAUUCAGGGGUUCCGAAGUUACAGGGACCAAACUGUGGUAGACCCUUUUAGCCCGAAGCACAAUGUCAUCGUUGGGAGGAAUGGAUCAGGAAAAAGUAACUUUUUCUAUGCCAUCCAGUUUGUGCUCAGUGAUGAAUUCAGCCACCUGCGACCUGAACAACGCUUGGCCCUGCUCCAUGAGGGAACUGGUCCACGUGUCAUUUCGGCUUUUGUGGAGAUUAUAUUUGACAACUCUGACAACCGACUGCCGAUUGACAAAGAGGAAGUCUCCCUUCGUCGUGUCAUUGGAGCAAAGAAGGACCAGUACUUUUUAGACAAGAAGAUGGUGACUAAGAAUGAUGUCAUGAACCUUUUGGAGAGUGCUGGCUUCUCUCGGAGUAACCCCUACUACAUUGUCAAGCAGGGAAAGAUCAACCAAAUGGCCACAGCACCUGACUCACAGCGUCUAAAGCUGCUGAGAGAGGUGGCAGGGACGCGAGUGUAUGAUGAACGCAAAGAGGAGAGCAUUUCCCUAAUGAAGGAGACAGAGGGGAAGCGAGAGAAGAUCAAUGAACUGCUGAAAUACAUCGAGGAGCGUCUGCACACCUUGGAAGAUGAAAAGGAAGAACUGGCUCAGUACCAGAAGUGGGACAAAAUGAGAAGAGCUUUGGAAUACACAAUCUACAACCAGGAGCUGAAUGAAACCCGUGCCAAGCUGGAUGAGUUGUCCACCAAGAGAGAAACCUGUGGAGACAAGUCCAGACAACUGCGUGAUGCUCAGCAAGAUGCCAGAGACAAAGUGGAGGAAACGGAGCGUGUUGUGCGAGAGCUGAAGUCUAAGAUCUCUGCCAUGAAGGAGGAGAGAGAGCAGCUGUCGGCAGAGCGCCAGGAGCAGAUCAAGCAGAGGACCAAACUCGAGUUGAAGGCCAAGGACCUGCAGGACGAGCUGGCAGGCAACAGCGAACAGAGGAAACGCUUGUUGAAGGAGCGUCAGAAGCUCCUGGAGAAAAUUGAGGAGAAACAAAAAGAGCUGCAGGAGACUGAACCCAAGUUCAACAUGGUCAAGGAAAAGGAGGAGCGGGGCAUCUCCAGAUUAGCUCAAGCUACACAAGAGAGGACAGACUUGUAUGCUAAGCAGGGUCGUGGCAGUCAGUUCACCUCUAAGGAAGAAAGGGACAAGUGGAUCAAAAAGGAGUUGAAGUCUCUGGACCAGGCUAUCAAUGACAAAAAGAGGCAGAUUGCUGCCAUCCACAAAGACCUGGAGGACACAGAAGCAAACAAGGAGAAGAACCUCGAGCAGUACAACAAACUCGAUCAAGAUCUGAAUGAGGUCAAGACCCGUGUGGAGGAGCUGGACAAAAAGUAUUAUGAAGUGAAGAACAAGAAAGAUGAACUGCAGAGCGAAAGAAACUACCUGUGGCGUGAGGAGAACGCAGAGCAGCAGGCUCUGGCAGCCAAACGAGAGGACCUGGAGAAAAAACAGCAGCUCCUCAGAGCAGCCACCGGCAAGGCCAUCUUGAACGGUAUUGACAGCAUCAACAAAGUCCUUGAGCAUUUCCGUCGGAAGGGCAUCAACCAGCAUGUCAUCAAUGGUUAUCAUGGCAUUGUCAUGAAUAACUUUGAAUGUGAGCCUGCUUUUUACACCUGCGUGGAGGUUACAGCUGGGACCAGGCUGUUUUACCACAUUGUGGAGACUGAUGAAGUGAGCACUAAAAUACUCAUGGAGUUCAACAAAAUGAACUUGCCUGGAGAAGUCACAUUCCUACCUCUGAGCAAGCUGGACGUCAGAGACACCGCCUACCCAGAAACCAACGAUGCCAUCCCGAUGAUCAGCAAGCUCCGCUACAGUUCCAACUUUGACAAAGCCUUCAAGCACGUGUUUGGGAAGACCCUCAUUUGUCGUAGCAUGGAGGUUUCCACCCAGUUGGCAAGAGCUUUCACCAUGGACUGUAUUACUCUGGAGGGUGACCAAGUCAGCCACCGUGGAGCUCUGACAGGAGGAUACUAUGAUACCAGAAAGUCUCGCCUGGAGCUUCAGAAAGACAUGAGGAAGGCUGAGGAGGAGCUGGGUGAGCUGGAGGCCAAACUCAAUGAAAACCUGCGCAGGAACAUUGAACGUAUCAACAAUGAGAUUGACCAACUGAUGAAUCAGAUGCAGCAGAUCGAGACACAGCAGAGGAAGUUUAAGGCAUCCAGAGACAGUAUUCUGUCAGAAAUGAAGAUGCUGAAGGAGAAGAGGCAGCAGUCAGAGAAGACUUUCAUGCCCAAGCAACGCAGCCUUCAGAGUUUGGAGGCCAGCCUCCAUGCCAUGGAGUCCACCAGAGAGUCGCUGAAGGCGGAGCUCGGUACAGAUUUGCUGUCUCAGCUCAGCCUGGAAGAUCAGAGGCGUGUCGACGACCUCAACGAUGAGAUUCGUCAGUUGCAGCAGGAUAACAGACAGUUGCUGAAUGAGAGAAUCAAGCUUGAGGGCAUCAUGACCAGAGUGGAAACAUAUCUCAAUGAGAACUUGAGGAAACGUCUUGACCAAGUGGAGCAGGAGCUAAACGAGCUGCGUGAGACGGAGGGAGGCACGGUGCUCACGGCCACAACCUCUGAGCUGGACGGCAUCAACAAACGUGUUAAAGAGACUUUAGCUCGAUCAGAAGAUCUGGAUUCUCUGAUUGACAAGACUGAGGCAGAGAUCAAGGAGCACAUAAAGAGCAUGGAGCGAUGGAAGAACAUAGAGAAGGAGCAGAAUGACGCCAUCAACCAUGACACAAAGGAGCUGGAGAAAAUGACCAACAGACAGGGCAUGCUGCUCAAGAAGAAAGAGGAGUGCAUGAAGAAAAUCAGAGAGCUCGGCUCGCUGCCUCAGGAGGCGUUUGAGAAAUACCAGACCCUCACACUCAAACAGUUGUUCAGAAAACUGGAGCAGUGCAACACUGAGCUGAAGAAGUACAGCCAUGUCAACAAAAAGGCUCUAGACCAGUUUGUCAACUUCUCCGAGCAGAAGGAAAAGCUAAUCAAGCGUCAGGAUGAGCUGGACCGUGGCUACAAAUCCAUCAUGGAGCUCAUGAAUGUCUUGGAGCUGCGCAAGUACGAGGCUAUCCAGCUCACCUUCAAACAGGUGUCGAAGAACUUCAGUGAGGUUUUCCAGAAACUGGUGCCGGGUGGCAAAGCUACGCUGGUGAUGAAGAAAGGUGAUGCUGAAGGAAGCCAGUCUCAGGAUGAAGGAGAGGGCGGUGCUGACAGCGAGAGGGGCUCUGGUUCACAGAGUAGCGUUCCCUCCGUGGACCAGUUCACUGGAGUCGGCAUCAGGGUAUCCUUCACCGGGAAGCAGGGCGAGAUGAGAGAGAUGCAGCAGCUGUCUGGAGGUCAGAAGUCUCUGGUGGCUUUGGCUCUGAUAUUUGCCAUCCAGAAGUGUGACCCUGCUCCUUUCUACCUGUUUGAUGAGAUCGACCAGGCCCUGGACGCACAGCACAGAAAGGCUGUCUCAGAUAUGAUUGUUGAGCUGGCUGGCCACGCCCAGUUCAUCACCACCACCUUCAGACCUGAGCUGCUCGAGUCUGCGGACAAGUUCUAUGGGGUCAAAUUCAGAAACAAGGUGAGUCACAUCGACGUGAUCACAGCAGAGCAGGCCAAAGACUUUGUGGAGGAUGACACCACCCAUGGUUAAGAGUCUCCUGCUCUUUAUCAUCCUCUCGGCCCCCACCUCCAACCCCUCUUCCUCCAUCUCUACAGCGCACUGCAAACCUCAAAGGCCUCCAAGACAGGGCCCAAAUGCAGACAUAUCCCACUCAGUCCAAAAACCUUUUUAUAGUCGUGUUAAACAUAAACAACACAGGAAGUCUCAGCUUCUUGUGACGUCCUUGUGAUUAAGAUGUAAUUUAAUUCAUGCCCAGAAACCCCAACUGACCAUUACUCAUAUUUAGAGUUAAAUCUUCAAAGGCUGAUACGAAAAAUCUGGAGGACAAAAUGUUGAUAAUCUUUAAGCUGACGGACUUGAUGUGAAUCAGCCUCAUUAUAGAUGACAGUGUAGUUAUUUUACACUGGAAAAAAAAGGUUCUGAAGGGAGCACUUCAUGUUUGUGUUACUGCGAUGAUUUAUUUUAGCCGAAUUUUGGUAAUCUGUCAUCCAAUGAUAAAAGCGCCAGAGAUGCAACCCUUCAGGAUCUUUCCUCUUGUGUACAGUUGAGUGUUUUGAUAUGACUUGGAUGAAUCUUUGGGGGCCUUAGGCUCAUCUGGAUGUGUUCAUUCUUACUCUGGUUUCUGUAAUGUAUACUCUUUGUACUCAUGAAAUAUUACUUCUGUCACAAAAGCCACUUGGCUUAAAAUGUUCAAAGCUUGUGGUUCCCUUUUUAUGCUUGUAUUCUGUCAAUUCUGUUCUUUGAGGUCAUUUCAAUAUAUGAAGUUUAAUUCCAAAACAACAGAUACCCAUUUGGGAACCAACACAUCCUCCUAACAAGAAUGUUUGUGAAACCUGACCGUGUCCACUUGGGUUCAGUACUCGGUUAGUCGCUGUUUUCUAGAAAGCCAAGAUGUUAUUAAUCUUAAAUUUCCUUCAUGGAGUCUUUGUUUGGGAUUGAACUCCUCAUAUGUUGUACCUUGUUUCAAAUCUUUCUUUUUUAAUGUUUGUGUUCCUUUUUAUGUAAUAAGAAAACAUAGAAAAAUAAUAAAAGGUGUAAAAAAAAUAAAAUAAAAUA